AUGGGUAUCAGCAAUGCACGCAUCUUCUUCCUCUUCUACUCAUCCAAAAUGCUUUUCUGGCUCUUCCUUCUGCUCGAGAUCAUCGCCGUCGCAAAAGUUCGUAGCCAGACUUCAACUCAAGGAUUCAUCAGCAUUGACUGCGGAAGCUCGACGAACUACACCGACGACACCACCGGCAUACCGUAUGUUACCGACUACCCAUUCACCGACGACGGCGUGAACUCCCAAGUCGCCUUCGAGUACAGCUGGUCCUCGCAACUGACAACCCUUCGGAGCUUCCCCAACGCUACCCGGAGCUGCUACGCCCUGAAGCCGGUGAUUAAGUCCAGCAAGUACUUGCUUAGGGGCACCUUCAAGUACGGGAACUACGACGGCCUGAACAGAGCCAGCACCGUGAAGCCCCUGCAGUUCGAUCUCUACUUCGAUGCUAAUUUCUGGCAGACGGUGAGCAUCACGGAUCCGAGUAGCUAUUUCCGGUACGAGGUUCUCGCGGUGGCGAUGGCCGACUCUGUUUCGGUUUGUUUGGUGAACACGGGAUCGGGAACGCCGUUCAUCUCGGUGCUCGAGUUCCGGCCGCUUCCUGACGUCAUGUAUCCGGCUGUCAGCGCCACGCAAUUUCUAAUCACUAACAUGCGUCUUAACAUCGGACCUCCACUGAAUUCUGCAUCCGUAAGGUACCCGGAUGAUCCCUACGACCGGCUUUGGAAACCAUGGACGGAUUCCGAUGCCUUUACCGAGAUCACCACCGCUGAAUCCAUCGAAAGCAGCACCAAUGAUCAUUUCCAGCCGCCGUCCAUCGUCAUGCAGAGCGCUGCCACUCCUUCCGACGACUCCAGUACUGUCAUGGAGUUCUGGUGGGACCACUCCUUCUUCGGCCUUACCGGCGACAGCGUGUACGUCAACUUCUUUUUCACAGAGUUCACGCCCAACACCGCGAGGACACUGCAUUUACAACACCGGUCCCAAUGUCCCAAGUGA